CGUCGGUCCCGCCCGUCGCGAGAGCAUUCCCCGGCACCGGGCGUGUAAAACUGCGGCGGUGCGGACGCCAAAGUAACGGGUCUGCCACAAUGCUGCUGCUGCACAGAACUGUGGUCCUAGGGCUCCGACAGGCCUGCAGACUCAAGUCAACCCCCUCAAAGCUCUGCAUUCAGGCUUGCUCUACAAAUGACUCAUUUCAGCCCCAGCCCCUCAGCCUCACCUCUGGUGACAACUGUGGUACCAGGAGAUGGAAAGUCAUGGGGACCCUGCUAGGCCUUGGAGCAGUGUUGGCCUAUCAUGACCAUCAGUGCAGGGCUUCUCAGGAGUCACCACGCACAUACACAAAGGAGGAAGUGAGUUCCCACAAUACUCCUGAGACUAGAAUCUGGGUGACCCUGGGCUCAGAAGUCUUUGAUGUCACUGAAUUUGUGGACCUACAUCCAGGGGGGCCAUCAAAGCUGAUGUUAGCAGCGGGGGGACCCCUGGAACCUUUCUGGGCUCUCUAUGCUGUUCACAACCAGUCCCAUGUGCGUGAAUUACUGGCUCAGUACAAAAUUGGGGAACUAGACCCUGAAGACAAGGCAGCUCCCACCUUGGAGACCUCUGAUCCUUAUGCUGAUGAUCCUAUGCGUCACCCGGCCCUGAAAGUAAACAGCCAACGCCCCUUUAAUGCAGAGCCCCCUGCUGAGCUGCUGACAGAAAACUACAUCACACCCAACCCUAUCUUCUUCACCCGGAACCAUCUGCCUGUACCUAACCUGGAUCCAGACACCUAUCGCCUACACGUGGUGGGGGCAUCUGUGAGUCAGUCACUCUGCCUAUCCCUGGAUGAUUUGUACAAGUUUCCCAAGCAUGAGAUCACAGUCACUCUGCAGUGUGCUGGCAACCGGCGGUCUGAAAUGACUCGGGUCAAAGAAGUGAAAGGUCUGGAAUGGAGAAUAGGGGCCAUCAGCACUGCAAGGUGGGCUGGUGCACGGCUCUGUGAUGUAUUAGCCCAGGCUGGCCACCAGCUCUCUGAAACUGAUGCCCAUGUCUGCUUUGAAGGACUGGACUCAGACCCUACUGGGACUGCCUAUGGAGCAUCCAUCCCUCUGGCUCGGGCCAUGGACCCUGAAGCUGAGGUCCUGCUGGCAUAUGAGAUGAAUGGACAGCCUCUGCCACGUGACCAUGGCUUCCCUGUAAGAGUGGUGGUCCCUGGUGUGGUGGGGGGCCGCCAUGUCAAAUGGCUGGGCAGAGUGAGUGUGGAGCCAGAGGAAAGUUACAGUCACUGGCAGCGGCGGGAUUACAAGGGCUUCUCUCCAUCUGUGGACUGGGACACUGUAGAUUUUGACUCAGCUCCAUCAAUUCAGGAACUUCCUGUCCAGUCGGCCAUCACAGAACCCCAGGAUGGGGAGACUGUAGAGUCAGGAGAGGUGACCGUCAAGGGCUAUGCCUGGAGUGGUGGUGGCAGGGCUGUGAUCCGGGUGGAUGUGUCUCUGGACGGGGGCCUAACCUGGCAGGCAGCUGAGCUACAUGGAGAUGAACAACGCCCCAGGAAGGCCUGGGCCUGGCGUCUAUGGCAGCUGCAAGCCCCUGUGCCAGCUGGGCAGAAGGAAUUGAACAUUGUUUGUAAGGCUGUGGAUGACAGCUACAAUGUACAGCCUGACACUGUAGCCCCAAUCUGGAAUCUACGAGGUGUGCUCAGUAAUGCCUGGCACCGUGUUCAUGUCUACGUUGCCCCAUGAGAGUAUGGAACGGAGCCAUCUACAUCCCAGAACCACCUUAGCACUUUUUUCCACCCAUCCUUUGGCCUAUCUCAGAAAAAUCUUUCCCUUCUCUCCACUUGUACUGUAGUAUGUUUUCCUAAAUCAUACCCAGGUACACACGUGAUACAUUUCCACCUAGGCACUAACCUUUUGAUACUAUGUUACAUCCCCCUUGGCCUCUGACCCUGUACCAAGAGGUGAGAGCUGUUAGAGCAAGGGGCUAAAUGUGAAAAAAGUAAUUUGAGUACUAUUUCUCUUCCUAACUCACCUCCACUAAUGAUGCCUAUCACCAUUGAAGCCUUAUUUUGCUUUUCUUCUGGGAUUCUUCAAAGAACAUUUAUGGUAUGUGUCAGAAAAGUGUAUGUGCUACUUCCUGCUGCCUCUCUGGGUUCCCCAGGGAUUGUGGGGAGGCAAGGGGUACAGUCUCCUUCCUUUAUAGCUUUACUUUCCUAAUACUUUAAUAAAGCAUCUAUUUAAGACUA